UUCUCCCAUUCUCUCUCUUUCUUUCUCUUUGGGGCCUUCUCUCUCCUCUCUCUUCUUCCCCUAUCUCUUUCUCUCUCUUUCAGGUUUCUCUCUCCUCUCACACUUUCUCUCUCCAGAAGGGGGCAAAACCCUAAAGAGCCGUUUACAUCUCUCUCCCAACUUUAAUGGACGACGAUGGGCUGAACAUGCGUAACUGGGGGUACUAUGAAACUCCUUCCUACAAAGCUCCACUCAAUCUGCAGCUCAUGACUAACAUGGCUGACCGAGAUACAAAGCAUUUUCUUCCUGGGCGUGAUCCCAACAUUAUGGUUGGUAACCAUGGAGCCUUUCAUCCGCGGGAUUGCAUGGUUUCUGAUGCUUCUAUACCCAUGAACUACAUGAGGGAAGGAUGGAUGGGCCAGAGAGAGAAGUUCUUAAACAUGUUACAUGUGAGCCCACAUUAUCCAAUGCUUCCUGAGACUUCUGGGGCUCACUCCCUGCACAUUCUACAGCCACCCAAUUCUUCAAGAGAUGAGAGGGUGCCUAUAAUUGAUGAGAGGGUGCCCAGAAUUGAUGAGAAACCAGCUAGAAUUGAUGAGAGGUCUACUGGAAUUGUUGAAGAGUCGAGUGUAAAUAAAGGAGUUCAAUCGAAGAAACGUCAAGUUGGGGGAGCGUCGAAGAUCCCUAAACCAAAGAAGGCAAGGAAGCCAAAGGAGAAUGGUGGUAAUGCGACUCCUCGCAUGAAGCCAGCCAAAAAGAGUUUGGAUGUUGUCAUAAAUGGUAUUGACAUGGAUAUUUCAGGAAUUCCUAUCCCGGUAUGCUCAUGCACUGGGGCUCCUCAACAAUGCUAUCGAUGGGGCUGUGGUGGUUGGCAAUCAGCAUGUUGUACUACAAAUGUGUCUGUUUAUCCUUUGCCAAUGAGUACCAAAAGACGUGGUGCCAGGAUAGCAGGGCGAAAGAUGAGUCAGGGUGCAUUUAAGAAGGUAUUGGAGAAACUUGCUGCUGAAGGUUAUAACUUUGGUAACCCAAUCGAUCUGAGGACGCACUGGGCUAGGCAUGGUACCAACAAGUUCGUCACUAUCAGGUAGAUUAACGUUGUUGGUACCACCCAUGGUGGUACUUCCAUUGCAUAUGGUCAGCUUCAGUUGUAUAAAUUCUGUGGCUUAUGCAGAGUUCUGUCUGGUUCUUUGUAGUUCAUCGCAAUCUUUGAUACAUGUUCCUAAACACUUCUCUUUUAAAUUGUUGUUAAUCUUUUAUUUAUGCUUCUGUUAUAAGUGCAACCAGUAAUUUCUGGUGACUAGGAUUCAGAAUGUGGAUGCCUUGUCAUAUAUCGAAUCCAUUUUUGGGAAGUAUCUUUUAACCAUUUGUGAAAUUUGCCUCA